GAAUAAUCCUGACGAGACGUAAUUCCAGGAGUAGACCCUAGCAUCCGUGGAAAGCCUGAUCUGGCAUGCGCGAUCCAGCUUCUGAGCGCCCAAACACUCCUUAGCGCGCUAUACGAAAUGUCAAGGGGUAGAGGUGAUAGCGCAGGGCAUAUUUGAACGCACACAGGUCUCCGGUUUGACCGUAGGCUUCCCCCCUCCUGACUUCCUGAGUGAACCCAUCAUGCAAUCCCCAGACGAAGUUUUCCAGCCUCGAGACCGCCGUCCCUGGACGGAGGAAGAGGACGAGAUGCUUCGCAUGGCCAUCGAAGAAGAGGAUCCCGAGUCGAGCCCACCCACUCGGUGGCAUGCCAUCUCGCAACACAUACCCAACAGAACCAACAAAGACUGCCGGAAGCGAUGGUGGGCCCAGAUGGCCACCAUUGUUUCGAAGGGCAGCUGGACAAGCGACGAAGACGAGCGCCUUUGCAGAGCAGUCGACGAGCUGGGGCCCAAGUGGGCGCUCGUAGCGAACCGAGUGCGGACACGAAACAGCGGCCAAUGUGCGAAGCGGUGGAACGACGCACUGAACCCCACCAUUGACCGCAGUGGCUGGACUCGUGAGGAGGACGAGCAACUUCUCAGAGCAGUGGAGCAGCAAGGGCACUCCUGGGCCAACAUUGCACGGACUUCGCUUCCUGGCCGCACGGGACUUGCCGCAAAGAACAGAUACAACCAUCUCAUGAGAGGUGCAUGCCGGCAAGCUGGGAGGCGAAGGAGUCGGACCUCGCCCAUGACCACCGAGAAGCGCAGGACGCGCGGCAUCUCUGAGGCGUCCGCCCCCAUGUUCCACGGGACAUCCUCGCGCUCAGAGUCCGGAACAACCCCAUCCACUCCGCGCUCGCUUCCCGAAGGGGAUGAAGUGCACCUAUACACCGCAACUAACGCGGCUGAAUUCGCGGAUGCCGAAAUGCUAUCACACCUCUCCGUCCGGCUCCCGUCGCCCAUGGCGCCAGCGUCCGGCAUCGAGAGGCAGUUCAUGGAUUUCUUCUCACCCAAUAUGUUCGGCGACUCCGCAGCAGCGGAGGCGUCCUCCGCUGCAUCCCUCCUGUACAACCCGCCAUCCCCAUCGCACGCUGGCGUAUCUCAGCAACACGCAUCGAGCCUGUACCACUCGCACCCCGUCACUCCUGGUGGCAACGCGUCAGAAGUACAAAACCCUGCAGGGGACAGCCUCUUCGCACACACCGACUACCUUGCCCUCUACCCUCCUUCCAACCUCUCGCGACAAUCGCCCUAUCUGACACAGUCCAUCCCGGACCUGUCCAGCCUCGCGCUGGACGCCCAGGUGACCAUCGGGUCUUUGCCAGCGUUCCCGGAUAAGGCGAGUGUCCAGCUCGCACAGCAGGCGGUCGAUCCCUCUGACCGCCGUGUCGCUGUCGCGGUGGCUAUAUGCGACCAACAGGACGUCAUCUCGACGGUGCACUCGCUGUCACACAGCCUGUCGUCAAUGCUGGGGCAGGGCCAAGCUCCGGGACGGAAGACACGCCGACGCCAAAGAC